AUGGCCAAGGUCGCUCCGUCUGCUCUUCUGGAAGAAUUCCAGCUCAAAGAGGAUUGGAUCAUCAUCAUGGAGCGCCUCUCCCGCACUGUACUUGGCGCUUUGUCGCUGUCAGUUGCUUUUGCCGGCUCUGCCUCCGCCAUAGAGCCUUUCCGCAAGCCCACCAUCUCUACUUCCAACCGCAAUGGCACCGCUCUUCUUGCCUCUCGCGCUUCUCCAGUCACCAUUCAUGCAGAUGCUGCAGACUGGCCUGGUGUCCUGCGUGCCGCCCAUGACCUUGCCAUCGACUUCGGACGCGUUACUGGUACCAAUGGCACCCUCAAGACUACCGGUACAGCGACCGCAAACGCUUCCAUGAUCUUCAAUGUUACAGGAAUCAGCGAGGACUGGAGUGUUGGCGGCAGCAACGCAGCCAACUCCUCUUCUACCGGCACCAUUAUUGUUGGUACCAUUGGCAACUCAAGUCUAAUCGAUAGCUUGAUCGCAAGUGGCCAGCUAGAUGUCAGCGGAAUCCAAGGUCAAUGGGAGGCGUAUGUAAGCGCUGUUGUGAAGAACGCUGGUAGCGAUCGACGUGGUGCUAUCUACGGAAUUUACGAUGUCUCUGAGCAAAUUGGUGUAUCUCCAUGGUAUUGGUUUGCCGACGUGCCAGCCCAGAAGCACGACUCUAUCUACCUACUCGAGACUACCAAGGUCCAGAAAAGCCCCUCUGUCAAGUACCGCGGUUUCUUCAUCAACGAUGAGGCGCCCGCUUUGACCGGCUGGGUCAACGAGCGUUACCCCAUGUCUCCAUACAACUCUGCCUUCGGAGCACAAUUCUACUCCCAUGUCUUUGAGCUGCUGCUCAGGUCAAAGGCUAACUACCUUUGGCCGGCCAUGUGGAACGGCAUGUUCAACGUAGACGAUGCACGCAACCAGCCUCUGGCUGACGAGUACGGUAUCGUAAUGGGAACAUCACACACUGAGCCAAUGGUCCGUGCUACCCAGGAAUGGAGCAAGGUUGCCAAGGGCUCUGAAUCAGGUUGGUCAUGGGCCACAAACAACGCAACUCUUUACGACUUCUUUAUGGAGGGUGCCCAGCGUGCUGCUCCCUAUGAGAAUGUUGUUACAGUCGGUAUGCGAGGAUACCACGACACAGCCAUGUCCGCAGAUGUGCAGACUGGAGUACUCGAGGCUGUUGUUCAAGCACAGCAGGAGAUUCUGACAAAGGUUCAUGGUAAUGCAUCUGAAGUUCCCCAGAUGUGGUGCUUGUACAAGGAAGUUCAGGACUAUUUCGAGGCGGGUAUGCAAGUCCCCGACUGGGUUACACUCCUCUGGACCGAAGAUAACUGGCAAAACAUCCGUCGUCUUCCUGUCGGGGACGAGAAGAAGCGAUCUGGCGGUGCUGGUGUUUACUACCACUUUGAUUAUGUCGGUGACUCGCGAAACUACAAGUGGCAGGACACGAUUCAGCUCCAGAAGACCUACGACCAGAUGAGACUGGCCAAGGAUCGUGACGCGGACCGCAUCUGGAUUGUCAAUGUUGGAGAUAUCAAGCCUGCAGAAAUCGCAAUCAGCCACUGGUUCGACAUUGCCUACGACAUCGACGCUUAUGAUGAGACGUCUGUCCCUGAAUGGCUUACUGGUUUUGCCGCCCGAAACUUUGGUUCCGAGCACGCUCAGGCCAUCUCGGACAUCCUUGACGAAUACGGCGCGCUUUCCAAUAUGCGCAAGUUCGAAUGGGUUGAGCCAUCUUCCUACAGUGUUCUUAACUAUGAGGAGGCUGAUCACAUUCUUGCUCGCUGGGAGGAUAUUGCUGAAAAGGCCAGUGCAAUCAACGAUGCUCUUCCCGCUGAGCAGAAGCCCGCUUUCUACCAGAUUGUUCUCAACCGUGUGCUCGCUGGUGGCAACCACGUCGCGAUCCAGAUUGCUGGAGCCAGGAAUAUCAUCUACGCGCAACAGGGCCGUAACAGCGCCAACGUCUGGAUGCAGCGCGUGAUUGAUGGCAUGAUGAAGGACCACAACCUCACCAAGCAAUACCACACCAUGCUGAACGGAAAGUGGAAUCACAUGAUGGACCAGACCCAUUUGGGAUACCAAGGAUACUGGCAACAGCCAAUGCGCCAGUCCACUCCUGACCUUCGCUGGGUACAGGUAUGGGAGCGCUCGCUAGCAGGCGACAUGGCUGUCCACGUGCAGGGCUCCAACGCCAGUAUCCCUGGUGACGACAUGUACCACAGCAAUGGCGGAUCUUCUUUGACCCUGCCGGACAUUACACCAUUCACUCCCAAGCGCUGGAUCGAAAUCUCGCACCGUGGAACAGAGGAGUACUCAUGGAACAUCAGUGCUGAUCCUUUCGUGACACUUUCCCAAGCAAAGGGAACCAUGAAGCCCAACGACCCGGACGUCCGCGUCUACGUAGAUGUAGACUGGACCAAGGUAAAGGACGGAUUCGGUGCGCAGAGCAGUCUCAACUUCAGCUCUUCCACAGACGCUGGUACCGCGGGAGGUAGACCCAGGGUCACCUUCAUGGUAAACAAGACCUCCAUCCCAUCCGACUUCACCGAUGGAUUCGUCGAGUCCGCUGGCCAACUUGCAUUCGAAGCCGAGCACUACACCCGCACGACCCCCGGCUCCACAAACCACACCUACAUGGUGCUUCCAAAAUACGGCCGCACCCUUUCCGCCGUCAAGCUAGCCGACAACCUCGCCGAGGGCCUGGACUCCACCAGCGCACCCAGCCUCGAAUACGACUUUGUCACUUUUACUAAGCUACCCAAGGAAAAGGGCAUCAACCUCACCCUCAUCCUCACCCCAACCCACAACAUCAACCCCAAGAAGCCGCUCGCGUACAUUGCGCAAAUCGACGACAAGCCACAGGUCCGUCGCCAGUACGUCAUCGACCAGAAGCAGCCCAACUUCCCUGUCAACUGGGGCACUGCCGUCGCUGACAGCGCGUGGUACAACACCACGAACCACGGUGCCCUCGAGCCCGGCAAGCACACGCUCAAGCUAUGGCUGGUAGAGGCCAACGUUGUGCUGCAAAAAGUUGUCCUCGAUCUUGGAGGUGUCAUGAAGAGCCACAAUGGCCCGCCUGAGAGCUACCGUGUUGGCGCUGGUGCCGGUAAUUCUACCAUGCACAAGUUAAAGUAAUUUCUUGUUUUCUUUUUCGAAUAGAAAAGAAACAGCAGUCUUUGUUAGAAGACUGAACGAAGUAAUGUAAUUCAAGUUUUUUUUCUUUC